AUGCCGAGGGGAUUGCUCGAGGAAGUCGCGUCGCAGGUGAAGGAUGGGCCCAGCCAGGAGUCGGAGGAGCUCCGUGAGGCCAUCACGACGAUGGUGGCGCCCGUGGUGAUGAUCAGCGCGUGCGGGCUGCUCCUGCUCGCGACGUUCAACCGGUACGCGGUCAUCAUCGGGCGCAUCCGCGCGUUCCACACGGAGGAGAUCAACGCGUGCAUGAAGCUGGCGAAACUGCGCAACUCCACCGCGGAGAACGACCAGGAGCUGGUCCGGAUCCUGCAGCACCGCAUCCACGGCCUCGAGUCGCAGCUGCACUCGAUCUUCGGCCGCGCGAAGCUGAUCCGGAACUCGAUUGCCGGCAUCGUGGUGUGCAUCGCGCUGCAGCUGCUGACCGUGGUGUUCAUCGGGCUGACGAUCGCGUUCCCGCGCGCCGGGAUCCCCGCGAUCACGUUCUUCGCGCUCGGCAUGGUCGCGCUGCUGUACGGCGUGUCGUGCAUCCUGGCGGAGAUCCUGCGGUCCACGCGGUCGGUGGAGAAGGAGAUCCGCACGCUGCGGCACGAGGGGCGCUCGCCCGUGCAGGCGUACGUGAAGCAGUCGAUGGUGGCGAUGGGCAGCGCGGAGGACUUCCAGCCUCUGCUCGCGGCGGUGUAG